AUGGCUAUUAAGGAGAAGAAAUCAAAGGAAGCUGUUGCCAGGGCCGCUAUGGCCGGUGGUCGUUCCAAGCGCAAGAAAUGGGUAAAAGUACGUGCAAAAGAUAAAUUGAAUAAUUCUGUUUUAUUUGACAAGACAGCUUAUGAUAAGCUAAUGAACGAGAUUCCCAAGAGCAAGCUGAUUACAGUUUCAGUGGUAUCAGAACGUCUUAAGGUUAACGGUAGUCUCGCAAGACAAGCAUUACGUGAGUUGGAGUCCCUUAACCUGAUCAAACCAAUCUGUGAGCCACAUCACGCACAACUAUUAUACACCAAAGUUUAA